AUGGGCUUGCAAGGGUAUGUGGGCAGUGGUGAGGACCAGCGGCGGAUCAGACGGCAGGAAAAGGAGCGGGAAGAGAAAAAGAAAUUAUACGAGAAGGCCAAGGAGCAAUCGGAUGCCAAUGUGGAGGGUGCAGGCCUGCGCCAGUUCGGGGCAGGCACAUCAGAGACCCUGGAUGCGGCCUUCAAGAUAGAGACAGUGGGGCUGGUGACGCGUGAGGAGUUUCUGAGCAAACGGGAUACCCUCAGAGACAGGAUGGAUGAGGCCAAAGCCCAAGCCAAGCGCGAGGCUGACAAGGCCCUAGAUCAGGCACAGAGGAGUAAGAAGAGGGCCAAGAUUGCAGCGAAGACCAAGCUGUCAUUCGCGCAAGACGAUGACGAAGACGGCGAUGGAGAGCCAAAGCAGGCGGCAGCGCAGGCGGCAGCUUCCAGGAAGCUGGGCAAGGACCCCACAGCUGCCACCGACUUCCUGCCUGACCGCGAGCGAGAAGCUCAGGAGAUUGCAGUCAGAGAGCAGCUAAAGAAGGAGUACGAGCUGCGACAGAGGCUGGUGAGGAACGAGCCGCUGAAGAUCACAUACAGCUACUGGGACGGGCAGGGGCACAGGCGAGUGGUGACCAUUCGCAAGGGUGACUCCAUCGCGCAGUUCCUGCAGAAGGUCAAGGAGCAGCUGCACCCCGACUUCCGGGAGCUCAGGCGCGCAGCUUCCCCUCACCCUUGUGCACUUUGCCAGCACAGGCUUUGUUCUCUGGGUUGCCUGAUGUAUGUGAAGGAGGAUCUAAUAAUCCCCCAGCAAACCACAUUCUACGACCUCAUAUCGUCCAAGGCUCGCGGCAAGUCGGGCCCGCUGUUCCACUUUGACGUCCACGAGGACAUCCGCAUGCAGAACGAUGCCACCGUGGAAAAGGACGAGUCACAUGCAGGCAAAGUGGUGGACCGGCAUUGGUACAACCGCAACAAGCAUAUCUUCCCAGCCUCAAGAUGGGAGGUCUAUGACCCAGAAACCAACUAUGAGACAUACACCAUCCAUGGCAAUGAAGUGAAAUGA